AAUGGGUUCAUUUUCUCUAUUAUGUGUGUUGGGCUUAUCACUUAUUAUAAUGGGUGACAUUGCACAUGCCCAAAACUCACCAUCAGACUACGUUAAAGCACACAACAUAGCAAGAUUCAACGUUAGUACUUUGAUUCAAAUUCCCGAUGUGGUUUGGGACAAAAGUGUUGCUGCUUUUGCACGUACCUAUGCCAAUCAACGUAAGGAUUGUCAAUUGAAGCACUCCGGUAAUAACCGUUACGGCGAGAAUAUCGCAAUAAGCACCGGCGACAUGAGCGGCAAGGAGGCGGUGAAAUUGUGGGCGGAAGAGAAACCACAUUAUGAUUCAUAUCGUAACAUAUGUUUUGAUGGUGAAUGCAACCAUUAUACUCAAGUUGUUUGGAGAAAAUCACUACGUAUUGGAUGUGCCAAAGUGAAAUGUGAUAAUGGUGGCACUUUUGUUACUUGCAAUUAUUCUCCCCCUGGCAACCGUCCUGGCGAAAUGCCAUAUUAAGUCAUUCAUUCAUUUUAUUAUAUCAUCAAUUGAUUAAUAUAUUAUGUAAUAACGAUGUACUUUUUAAAUUUUAAAAUUAAUAAUCUUCAUUUUAGUUCAUCAUAUAUAACU